UCCCGUUUAGAGCAUGCGCACUGCAUCCCUCCAGCUCAGACAUACGCGUGUGUGAGCUUCACACUUUGGAAAAAGUCUGUUUUGAAGACAGAACUUGUACAAAUAUCAGCUGUAUUUUUACCACUAUGGGAGGACAAGCAAAGGGCAAAAAGAAAACCAAGCCGAAGAGGAAAGACACUCGCCCAAACACAGAUGCAGGAUUUGUUGGAUUGUCGCCUCAAGAAAGGAUGAAACUAAGAGUGCACGAAAAAGCCAAAAAGAAGACAGCUGAGAAGUACUCUGUUCUACAGCUACUAGAAAAGACAGAAGAAUGCAUGGACAGUUUUGACUUUGAGAUGGCUGGCCUUUUCUGUCAACGAGCCCUGGAUGUGGAGUCCACCAACCUGCAAGCUCUAGACAUGCAGGGACACAUCUGCUCUGAACUAGGGGACACACAGAAAGCUAAGGGAGCUUUUCUGCAUGCAGUGGAGCUGAGCCCAGAUGAAGGCCACAGUAAGUACUUGUACCUGGGUCAAAUCCACACAGGCCAGGAGGCAGUGAACUACUACACUAAAGGAAUACAAGUCCUGCUGUCUACAUUGGACAAACGAGCACAGACCACACAGGCUCAGGCCGGAGCUGCUGCCCAACCAGAUGAGGACACUGAGCUGCCCACAGCGAAGGAUGUUUGUGUAGCCUACUGCUCCAUGGCUGAGAUUUACCUCACAGACCUCUGCAUGGAAGAGGGAGCUGCAGACAAGUGCAAGGAGUUCAUUGAGCGUGGAUUACAGUAUCACCAUGACAACCCUGAGGCUCUACAGCUCAUGGCAAGUUACCUGUUCAGUACAGAGAGAAACCAGGAAGGCAAAGAAUACCUGUUGAAGAGUGUUGGAGUGUGGCUACCUGCCCAAAAACAAAGUGCAGCUUCUUUCAGCACAGAGGAAGACAUGCAGGAUGAGAUCCCCCCAUACGAGUCUCGCGUCACCACUGCCAAACUGCUCAUUGAGUCGGAGGAAUUCGAGAUGGCGGUAGAUGUGCUGGAGGGUCUUCUGGACGAGGAUGAUGAAGUAGUCCAGGUGUGGUACCUCUCCGGCUGGGUGUGCUACCUCCAGCUGGAAAAAGCAAAGGAGCAGCAAGAAAGAGAGGGGAGAGAAGUGACAGAGGAGGAGACGGAGGAGUGGAAUGCAUUGAAGGAGGCGGCCAGAUCGUACCUGACCAACGCUACGAAGCUGUACAGUAAGUUGGGAUGUGAUGACCAGCCGAUGUUGGAGCACGUGGAGCAGCUGUUAGGCGAUCUGGGAGGAGCUCUGGAGGGAGACGAGGGAGACCAAGUCUUGGAUGAAGAUUAUGAACCUUGUAGCGAUGACGAGGAGGACAAUGCAGAGGCCCCCAUGGACCACUAACGAUUCCCUUUUCCCCAUCAUGCUUUCCUCUAGUUAAAAUGUUCUAGUGCACUCUCUAAAGUGCCUUUUGUACCGACUGUCCUUUCACACCAGUUUGUCAGAGAUGAAAUUUGAAAUCAAGGGUGAUGCACAAAAGAGCGGCAUUAAAAGCAGCAGUCUACUCAAUUUC